CGUCAGUUUACGAGAAUUUAUCAAAACAUCACAGUAUUUGGAUAAUUUCUCACGCGUUCAGGGUGGGCGUGUGACUGAUGGGGCGUUGCUGAGCCUUGGUUCUGACAGAAGGGUAUCAUGGAAGGAGAAAGUCCCAGAAUUCAGCUGGUGUCUGCAGAUGGAGGCCUGCAGAUUGUGACGGAGCAGCAGUUGGCUCAGAAGGUGCAGAUAGUCACAGCCAUUGAUCAGGCUGGAGCCGGCAAGCAGCAGUUUAUAUUAGCUAACCUGGAUUACCCCAACCAUGAGAAACUGUUCAUCAAACAGGAGAACUCACCAGCCAAGGUCAUAUUGACUUCUGCCGAUGGGUCAGCUGUCAAUCAACUGCUUUUUGCAUCACCUGAGCUGACAGGACAACAAAUCCAGUUUGUGACGGAGGGCUCAGAACAGGGCUCUACGAAGCCUCCAGUGGAGUAUUGUGUAGUUUGUGGAGACAAGGCCUCAGGUCGUCAUUAUGGAGCAGUGAGCUGUGAGGGCUGUAAGGGUUUCUUCAAGCGCAGCAUCAGGAAGAAUCUGGUGUACACGUGCCGCGGGUCUGGAGAAUGUGUCAUCAACAAACACAAUCGAAACCGGUGUCAGUACUGCAGACUGCAGCGCUGCAUGGCCCUCGGCAUGAAACAAGACUCUGUUCAGUGUGAGAGGAAACCGGUGGAGGUUUCGAGAGAGAAGCCAGCAAACUGUGCGCCCUCCAUCGAAAAGAUCUACAUCCGUAAAAACCUCUGCAGUCCUCUCGCUGCCAUGCCAACAUUUGUUAGUGAAAAAGAGACUACCAGGUCCACCAGUUUACUGGACUCAAACAUGCUCUUGAACAUCCAGCAGUCUCUUUCCAAACUUGACAACACCAUUUUAAUUCCUUCUUCACCAGAUCAGGUUUGUGGGGAAGAGAUGGCUGAGGGGGCUGUCAGGGUUGAUGAACAGACCACCGCCCUACUGGAACUGGAAGGACCGCUGCUCUCAGAUAUGCAUGUGCCCUUUAAGCUGAUGAUGCCGCUGCCCCUGCCAGACUUCCUGAGUCUGAAUUACAUCUGUGAAUCAGCUUCUCGUCUGCUUUUCCUCUCCAUGCACUGGGCACGCUCUAUUCCAGCUUUCCAGGCCCUUGGCUCAGAGAACAGCAUCACGCUGAUGAAGGCCUGCUGGAAUGAGUUGUUUGCUUUAGGUCUGGCUCAGUGUUCACACAUUAUGAAUGUAGAAACAAUCCUCACAGCCAUAAUCAACCACUUACAGACUAGCCUGGAUGAAGAAAAACUGUCCCCGGAGCGGGUGAAGCUAGUCAUGGAGCAUAUCUGGCGUAUGCAGGAAUUUUGUAACAGUAUGAGUCGCAUGAGUCCUGAUGCAUAUGAAUAUGCUUACCUCAAAGCUGUGGUUCUCUUCAGCCCAGAUCACUGUGGAGUGGACGGCACCCUUCAGAUCGAACGCUUUCAGGAGAAAGCCUACAUGGAACUGCAGGACUAUGUGAGCAAAGUGUAUCCAGAGGACACAUAUCGUCUUUCAAAACUGUUAGUUCGUCUGCCUGCUCUGCGGCUCAUGAGCGCGGCGGUGACCGAAGAGCUCUUUUUCGCCGGUCUCAUCGGGAACGUCCAGAUCGACAGCAUCAUUCCCUACAUCCUCAAAAUGGAGUCUACCGACUACAACAGCCAACCAAUCAGCACCGCUGAGUGACAGAAACCCCACCCACAGCCACACCCAUCAGCUUUGCUUGCUCAGACCCUUUGAGCCAAAACAGAUAUAAUCAUGUGAAUUCUGAAUGAGGAAAUCAUUUUUUUAUGACUUUGCUUUUUCAUUUGGUCAGUGGUUGUGUCUGUGAGUUAUAUAGUAUGGAUAAAGUGGUUUACCGCAACUGUUGCGGUUGGAUCAUUUGGGCUUUUAUUGUACUGGUGUACUUAUGUUUAGAAAAGUGUCUAUAAAGAUACAGGAAGUGCAAGGAACCUGUUCU